ACAAAGUUCGAUAUGACCCUCUUCUUUCUUAUCUGCUAGCCGAUACAUGCUAUCAGAUCAGAUCGUCUUGUGAUGAUUUAUGUCCAUUCAUAUAUUUGGAAGAUUUUAUCAUAGCUAGCAGGCUCAAUUAGCAUGGAGGAGAACUCUCAGGAGGAGUUGGUCGAAGCUCAGUCACAGAUAUGGCGGUGGACGUUCAGCCACCUGAUCUCCAUGUCCAUCAAAUGCGCCAUCCACCUCCGCAUCCCCGACGCCGUCCACCAACACGGCGAACCCGCCGCCUCGCUUUCCCAGCUCAUCUCCGCCCUCCGAAUCCCGCCUUCCAAAACCCACGCUUUCCGGUGCAUGAUGCGCGUCCUCAGCACGCGCUCCACCGGAUUCUUCUCCGUCCAACAAGAAGAAGAAGGAGAAGAGUUGUGCUACUCGUUGACUCCGGCCUCCAGGCUGCUGCUUCGCCACGCGCCUCUCAACCAGGCGUCGCUGCCGCUUCUUCACUUCCAUCCGGCGGUGAGGGACUACUGCUCCGUCCUCGACACGUGGCUCCUGGAGGAAAACGACAAGGGGACAAAUAACGAUGAUGAUAAUAAUAAUAAUAAUAAUAAUAAUUAGCGCACGGCAUUCGAGGUGGUAAACGGGGCGUCGUUUUGGGACUACCUGGCCGGGUCGUCGGGUCCGGCCCGGGAGCUGAAGGGGCUGUUCUACGACGCCAUGGUGAGCGACUCCAAUUUGGUGGUGAAUGCUCUCGUUGUUCCUACCGUCGGCGGAAGGGAGUCGUUGUUGUUCCGGGGCGUGAGGUCUUUUGUCGACGUGGCGGGCGGCACCGGGAUUGUCGCGGCCGCCGUGGCGGGUGCGUUUCCUGAGAUGAAGUGCGUCGUUUUGGAUCUGCCGCACGUGGUGGAGGGAUUGCCGGCGGCGGGGGGCCACCCCGGUAAUCUGGAGUUCGUGGGUGGGGAUAUGUUCCGCAGCGUUCCCUCGGCUGAUGCUGUCUUGCUUAAGUCGAUUUUACACAACUGGGAUGAUGAGUCAUGUGUGAAGAUAUUGAAGUGUUGUAAAGCGGCGGUGUCCGGCGACGGCGACGAGGGAAAGAAAGUAGACAUGGUGAUGUCGGAAGUUGGGAGUGACGACGAUGAUUUGUCUCGUGAAAUCCAGCUCUGCUUCGAUCUGAUGAUGGCGACAUUGCUAAAUGGCAAGGAACGGAAUGAAAUGGAGUGGAAGGGACUGUUUGAGGAGGCCGGUUUUAGUAACUAUAAGAUCGUUGGCAAGAUCGGCCCAAGAUCUAUCAUUGAAGUUUAUCCUUGACUAUGGAGUCGAUGUAUAAUUAGCACAUUAUAUGUUUAACGUUAAGUUAUACAUUUAUUUGUAUUCAUACUUUAAUUUCCGUACAAAUUG